AUGCCCUACGGUGUGCUGGCCAACCGGAUCGGACGCAGACCCGUGUUGUUCCUCGGUAUACUGGGGUUCACGCUGUGCGACUUGUGGAUUAAGAUAGUCUGUUGGUUCCCGGAUCAGCUCCCGUUACGACUGAUCUGGCUCGCCCUGAUCGCGCAGGUCAUUGGCGGCGGCACGCAAGUGUCAACCACCAUGAUGUUUGUGGUGCUGGCCGAUGUUUUCACCGGUGCAGAGCAGACCCAGGCGCUUUUCUACGCCUCCGCGGCAGUGCCGAUCAGCGAGAUUCUCGCCGCAUCACUCAGAGCCCUCCCCAUGAGGAACAAUGUCUGGGUGCCGUUUCUGCUUUCCUCCGUCGUGGCAGCAAGCGGGCUCCUUUUCGUGCUGUGGCUCCCGGAGACGUUGCCGCUUUGCGAACCGUCCUCGCCGGGGCUGAAACUGGACCGUCCAGAUAUACAGACGAGAAUGCGAGCCGCCGUGAACGAGUUCCGGAAGUCGAUUGUGGUGAUCCGUGGGCGUGGAAGUGGAAGUGUCCAGCUUCUGUUGUUUGUGUUUUUGGUGGCGUAUCUCAGGAGACAGGUCAUGCGCCUGCCUCUUCUCUUUGCCGUGCAGCGGUUGCACUGGACGAUUGAGCAUUUUUCUCAUUCAUGUGAAGGGGAUGACCAAUCUCUUCCUGCUGCUGGUUCUACUCCCCACUUUGUCGAGCUGGCUCCUGCGGCGACGCUGGGGGUGGUGGUUUAUGCGCUGGGGUCCGGGAUGCACCUGAUCGUCCGGCGCCUCAUUACGUCGCUCGUUGACGCCCAUCAUAUCGGUACCUUUGUAUACGGCCAUCGCGGUUGUGCAGGGAAUCGGGGUGCUGGUGGCGGGCCCGAUGCUGGCGAUGGCUUACCGCUGGGGACUGCAGCAGGGCGGCGUGUUGUUGGGGGGGCGCCAUUACUUCUGGUAGGAUCACUGUAUAUGACGGCCGGACUGGCGAUUCUUCUCGGAGCUCAAUGGGGAAGAAAAGGCUGUCUGGAGGACAGCUAG